UCCUGUCUUUAUUGCAAAGGUGUGCAUUUCUACUGUGCAGAAAGACAUUGAUCUGAAUAACUGUUGGAGAGAGAUUAACUCAGCCACACAGAGAGUAAUUGCUGGAUUCUCACGAUGAGACUCUUUCACCUUCUUUGGCUUUCUAUCCUGUGGCUGAAUAUGGAUAAAUCUUUACAACAGAAUGCAUGUCCAAACCCUGAAAUUCAACACGGAUUUGCAGUUGGCCCAUACAAUGACACACUGUACUACACCUGCGAUGAAGGUUUCAAACUUCUCAACAAAGGCUGGUGGGCUGAGGCUAAAUGCCAUGAUGGCGUGUGGCAUGGGCUUGACAAAUGCAUCGCUAAAUCCAUUGAAUCCAAUUGGUGCAAUCCUCCACUAAAAAUUGACAAUGCAGUUGUUAUAGCUCCAUAUCAGAGUGAAUACUUGCCUGACUCUGCAGUGACUUAUCAGUGCCGUGAUGAAUAUACUAUAAAGGGAGAAGACACAAUUCGAUGCAUUGGUGGAAAAUGGGAGGAGAAGAACAUUGUGUGCACAUCUGAUUUGAGCUGUGGGAUUCCACCACCACUUGAAAAUGGAGACAUCAAGACGACUGUUCAAUUGGAGUACAGGCAUAAUGACUUUAUUGAAUACGUGUGUCAGCCUUACUACACUAUUGAGACUCAGACUUACAAAAUCUGCAAAAAUGGUGAAUGGAUUGGGCAGAUAAGAUGCCGCAAACCCUGCACUGUGGAUAGAGAAGCCAUGAACGCACAUAAUAUUGAAUUCAGAUAUAAACGUGAUGAUAAAGCUGUAUUCAUCCCACAAUGAUAUGAUCGAGUUCAGGUGUAAAGGACGAAGAAGACACAUCGGAACAGUGGACAUGCGUCAGAGGUGUGUUGAUGGUGAGAUGCAGCUGCCCACUUGCCAGUAAAGCUUUUAUAACUAGAUAGGAUUAUCAUGACCUGGAUGGACAAACGUACAUGUAAAUGAUAAAUCACACCACAAAUUCACAUAAUAUUGAGUUCAGAUAUAAACGUGAUGAUAAACUGUAUUUAACCCACAAUGAUGUAAUCGAGUUCAAGUGUAAAGGACAAAGAAGACAUGUUGGUACAAUGAGCAUGCGUCAGAGGUGUGUUGAUGGUGUGUUGAGCCUGCCUACUUGCCAGUAAAGCUUUUCAGUCAACUGGAUGUGAUAAACAUGAGAUGGUUGAAUAAAAAUAAUAAAAGUAAGUGAACCAAAGUGAA